GGAUGAGGGUCCUGUCCAUGUCUUUUAGGAAAUGUCACUGUGGAUCACACUUGGCGCCAUCGGUUAGCUGAACACGCACAUCUUCGGAGAGCAGUGUCUGAAGAGCCAUUAACAGGGGUGGUCUCCUGACGACCCUUCGCACAAAUGAUGUCAAAUGGAAGGCGAAACCGGCAGUCCACGUUGUUCUCGGGUGUCCAGCAGACGCUUUAUGUUAGAACUCCGCGCUAAAUCCCAAGUCAGUAACUCCAGAAGUUACUUUUCUUUCUUUUUAUUCGGUAUGAGGUGUCGUUUAUGUUCCUGUCAGUCUGCGUGACCGUCGCCAUUAACAAUAAACUUGAUGGAGGUCUUCCCCCUUGACCUAACUCCUCAGUUGUCACAGGAGGAUCGCGUCCUUGCCCCUCGCUGUCUUAUCUGCACUUCCACGAAUUGCACUUUCCAGAGAGUUUACGGAGGAGGAGGACGUACAUGGAGUUGAUGAUUAAAGACACGGUCAGGGGGCGGGGGCCGAGGAGCAGUACUUCAAUACGAACUGGAGUAAUUAUUAACUCCGAUAGAGCAGGACUGGGAAAGUGGGAGUAUCCUUCGGCGCGCAGCCCUGUUGAUUUCCUUCUCCUGGGAUUCUCAUUGUUUUCCGCGUUUCAAAGUAAAAGUUUACGCCGAAACUCCAGGCUCGGUUUGCAGGACGACGUGUUUGGAUCGAGUGCUCGGGUUUCACAGGCACUGUCCGAGAAGGAGGUCGUCUUCGAAAACGGCGACACACGUUACAGAGGCCACCGGGAAUCGCCUCCGAGCUGAGCGGGCUGGAAGUUGGGAGCGACUUCGGGAUUCCUCGGCUUCGUUUGCGCCGCUUGAAAGGGAAUGUGAAUAUGAAACGCCUGCCGGGAGAGCGGAGGACCGAAUAAAACGAAACCUUCAAGAGUGCACUGAGAACUUCUGAGGGGCUCCUUUUGCCAUUUUUUUUUUGCUCUUUCUUCUUUCUAACCAGCGCGUUAGCCGGAGUCGGGUCCUUGUUUCCUGUAUCUUUGGAUAACCGCCGUCAGCACAUCGAGUCUGUUCGCCGAAGUCAUGCAAAACUGCAAAUACAGCCAGACCGUCACGAUGCCCCUGGAGAAUGGGGCAGGUUCGGCCCCCAUGGAUUCGGAGGACCACCGACGGCGGAGGCACAGGCAUCUCUUGGUGUGUUUGGAUGUCUUUUGCCUUUUCAUAGCAUCCAUUCCUUUCUUUGCUUGUGAGAUGGGCGCUGUGGAGCCAUACAAACGAGGCUUCUUCUGCCAUGAUGAGAGCAUCUCCUAUCCUUAUGAGGAGAACGAGUCCAUCAGUGAUGGCGUCCUGAUCAGUGGAGGCAUCCUUAUUACUGCAGUGUCCAUCGCCCUGGGUGAGAGCUAUCGUGUACACUACCUAAAGGUCGAGUCAAAAGCCUUUGUGUCCAACCACUAUAUUUCCACCCUCUACAAGGAGAUUGGCAGCUUCCUGUUUGGCUGCACAGUAGGACAGUCUCUGACCAACAUGGCCAAGCUUACCAUUGGGCGUCUGCGCCCCAACUUCUUGACAGUGUGCAAACCCCUGGUCAACUGCUCCAUUGGCCAGUAUGUGGAUAACUACAGUUGCACGGGCAACGCUUCACUAGAAAAGGAGGCCAGGAAGUCCUUCUACUCAGGUCAUGCCUCCUUCGCCAUGUACACCAUGCUGUACCUUGCUUUUUACCUACAGGCUCGGUUCACAUGGCAUGGCGCCCGCCUCCUGAGGCCGCUUGUCCAGUUCCUUCUGGUCAUGUUGGCGUUGUACACUGGGCUGACCAGGAUCUCCGACUACAAGCAUCAUCCUUCAGACGUAUUGGUUGGUUUCGUGCAAGGCGCCCUUGUGGCCAUCUGGGUGGCCCUCUACAUCUCCCCAAUGUUUAAGAAGAAGGAGCGAUGCCAGGGCAAGACCGGCAAUAUCUUGGACAGCCCUGUGUCCAGUCAGCACACCGUCUGCUAGCAGCGAUGAUCAAGUAGAAGGACAUUUGACCUGCCAGAGGGGGACAGUGGCUCACAAAGUGCUGACUGGAGGCCGAUGUCUCCCCUGGGGACGGACUGUGGUGCCCCAAAUCCCUUGAUCUCCGCACUUCAGCCUUUCAUCUGCCAAAAUUAUAAAACUAAAAAGGUGGAAAGGAAAGUCAAGCCUCGGAUGGGCACUGAACGCCAACGGAAGGAGAGAUGUGGAGGCUUUCACGCUGCUCUCUCUUUCGCUUCCAGUUUUCAAUCUUCUGGUGCACUUGGCAUACAUCAUGGCAUGCGACUCAUCCUGCUGCACAUCCUGGGAUUUUAUUUUUCCUUUUCUUAAUUGUUGCCAGGUAGCCUGGCAGCAUAAACUGAUGACAAUCAUGCAGCAUGGCAAGGCGGAGAGAAAGAAAGGGGGGAAAAAAAAAGACUUAAAUAUAAAUAUAUAUACUUUUUAAAGUUUUAAGAAAAUGGAUUAUAGUUCAAGCUGCUACAUAUGUGAUAACAUAACACUGAUAAUAUUUUAAUAAUAAAGUUUUAACUUAGUUACACUGUAUGUACUCACAGAGGGGCUGAGGCAGAGAUCUGGACAGACAGGCUGACAGGGCACCUUGUGCCAGCUGAGACUGUAUGCCAAUCAAAACUGGCAUAUUGUAGACCAUGCCAGUGGCAGUUACUUCAGUUUGGUUAAAUAUCUAUGAUAUAUAUCCAGGCAAGUAACACACCGAGUCAAAAUUGGAAGGUCCUCAAGCUGCACUGUCCACACCACCAUUUAGAUAGAUGGCCUUCUGACCAGCUGCUCACCCACCUACCCACCUGCCCACCUUUUCAUGUAUUCUUCCUUCUGUUUGCACCCUCACACUUUCAUCCUUGAGCGGUUUGCCCAUGUAGGAAUUUAUAAAUGCAUCCAUUCCUCCAUCUACCCAUUCAUUCGUUCAUCCAUCCACUGGUCUGUCAUCACAGAAGCCAGUCUUCACACAUGUUCAUUCAUCCAUCUAUUUUGUCAGCUGUCCAUUUGAACAGCCAGUCAUUUUUCAAUUCAUCUGUCCAUUCAUCUAAUCAUUUAUUGUCCUAUACAUCCCAACUGGCUAUCCGGUCACUUAUGCAUGAUUUCAUCCAUUCAUGUAACUUCCUCUGUAUCGGUCAGUCUAUGAACUUCUUGCGUUCUUCAUCACAACAGCCAUCUUCAGUCUACUCAUUCAUUCACUCUGUCAUAUGCAGUCAGUCCAUUCAUUCAUUGUCCAUUCAUAAAAUUUAUUUAUUCACUCGUUCAUCCGUUCAUUCACAAGACCUAGGAGCCAAUUCAUAAAUGCAUCCAUUUAUAUAUGCACUCUGUCCAUUCAUCCAGUGUUCCCUCUAUAUUGCGUCUUUUUGAGCUUCUCAGACAGACAGCAUCAUGUCUCCUCUUAUCCCACCAGCCUGGUCUGGCCAGGACACCACUUGUCCCUUGGUGAUCCCCAGUGAGCCCCAAUUUGAGGGCGCCUCUGGGUCCACAUGUGUUAUUGGCACUGAAUUUGCAGUCUGGGCAUCAUUUGACCCUUUCCUAUCUGCUCCUCCUCAGCUCAUGGGCCGGGCCAGCAGUGCCCCCUGUCUGUCAAGACUGUGCUUCUUUAGUGUGAGAACUGAUGGAAUGAAAGCCGAGAUGCUGUGAAUCCAGACCACUAUCUGCCCAUCCUGUUUUCUCGUUUGAUAUUUUUUUUGACUGAAAGAAUGAUCACUCUGUAAAUGUAAAGAUUAUGUUAUUAAUGUUGUUUGUUAAAUGUGAGAGAUGGAAUCCUUUGGACAAAUCUUCAGACUAACAGAUGUCCAUCUCGGGGGUCUCAGAACUGAACUGUGACGUAUUUACAAGGAGGACAGAAGGUGCCAAGACCUGUGGACUACAAAUACAUGAGAGUGGUGCCUCAGGCCGUAGAGACUAAGCUGUCCUUUCAAAGACUUGGAGUAGUCGGCCAAACACUAAAAAGGACCGUCCAUCAAUUUUGUUUUGUUGUUUCUUCAAAAGCACUUCAAGUCGGAUUAUCUGACACCCGUCCACUGAUCGAGUUUUCCUGAUGAGGGUUAACUGGACCACCUGGAUUGUUCAUAACUUUGGGAAAUACAAAUGGAACACAAAUUUCCGUUUUUUCCUUGCCGCAGAAUGUGACGCCCUGGGAUAUUUCCGGAUUGGUUUGAAUUAUUUCAAUGUUUUAUUUUCCUUGUUUUUUUUUUUGUUUUUUUUUGUGCAAUCUUUUGUUUUUGUUAAUUUUCUUUUUCAAACAAAUGCCAGCUGACUGCAUCCUACUGGAAUGUGUAAAGUUGUCUUUGUCCGACUUGGUACGGGAAUAAAAAGCACGCAGGAAUGUCCUGUAAGGAACCACGCUACGUGAUACAGGACUUGGCUAGUGUGACCAGGUCAAUAGAAAUGCAGACCAACAGGUUGAAAUGGCUCUAAACUCACUUGAUAUAGCGCCUUUCGUUCAAGGCUGGGCAAUAUAUUGAAUU